AUGCCCGGGAGCAAAGACGAGAAAGAAACUCCCACAGAUACGGACAAGCAUAUAGCAGCAACAGAAAAUUACAAGGAACGGGAAUGUGAAAGUGGAAGAAAACUGCUUAACACUAAGUGCAUCAUAAUUAGCGCGUAUUUUGUCUUCCUGUUAUGGAGAUUUAUUAGCUUAGGUCUUUACUCUGUGUACGCAACAGAUUGUUUCUUACGAGCUAAGCUUGCCACGCUGAGAUGUGAGAAUUUUACUCUGUAUUCAAACCCAACGAGGUUCGAAAUAGCAUGGCAGAUGUGUUCGGCCGUGAAUAACUUCAUUGCUGUUGGGAUUUUGUUUAAACUGCCGGAGUUUCCUGGUCUGGAUGUUGUUUGCGCUCGUCUGAUUAAACUGGCCCGGUUUUGGUCUUUUAUCUUCCAGCUGAUCGUGGUUAUCUCCUAUAACCUCAUGCUGUUCUUCCACGAACAUUUAAUGGAAAGUGCUAUGAUAGAGGUUGGCUUUCUCGUUGAUGAAAUUACCGUUACGAUUGUAGUUUGCUUGUGGAAUUUUGUACCUGCGCCAAGCAACAGGUCGCAAGGGCUACCCUGCCUCCAGUUCGCUUAUAAAUUGACACUUGUUAUGCUAUUUUUAGAGAAUUUUUUUCUGUUCUUAUUGAUGUCUUCGCAAGCAGCACUAGACAUUACAGGAAUCCAUCAAUUCGAAAGUCGGUCGACAGGAUUGCAAGCUCUAGGGAUUGUACUCAACGCAACUGAGGCUACAUUUUAUUUUGCUGUCAUGAAGUUCAUGUGGAAUAAGCUGUUUGAAGGAGAAGCUGUUGAUCUGCUAAAGAAGGACACCAUUUGA